GUAGCUACAUCAAGUUGGGUGGCAGACAAAUCCAAAGGAUAUCAUGAAGUUUCCAGGACCUUUGGAAAAUCAAAGAUUGUCUUUCCUGUUGGAAAAGGCAAUCUUUAGGGAAGCCCAGAUGUGGAAGGUGAAUGUGCCGAAAAUGUCUACAAAUCAGAAUGUUUCUCCAUCCCAGAGAGAUGAAGUCAUUCAGUGGCUGGCCAAACUAAAGUACCAAUUCAACCUUUAUCCAGAAACAUUUGCUCUGGCUAGCAGCCUUUUGGACAGGUUUUUAGCCACUGUAAAGGCCCACCCAAAAUACUUGAGCUGUAUAGCAAUCAGCUGUUUUUUCCUAGCUGCCAAGACUGUUGAGGAAGAUGAGAGAAUUCCAGUACUGAAGGUAUUGGCAAGAGACAGUUUCUGUGGAUGUUCCUCAUCUGAAAUUCUGAGAAUGGAGAGGAUUAUUCUGGAUAAGCUGAAUUGGGAUCUUCACACAGCCACGCCAUUGGAUUUUCUUCACAUUUUCCAUGCCAUUGCAGUCUCAACUAGACCUCAGUUACUUUUCAGUUUGCCCAAAUUGAGCCCAUCUCAACAUUUGGCAGUCCUUACCAAGCAACUACUUCACUGUAUGGCCUGCAACCAACUUCUGCAAUUCAAAGGAUCCAUGCUUGCUCUGGCCAUGGUUAGUUUGGAAGUGGAGAAACUCAUUCCUGAUUGGCUUCCUCUUACAAUUGAACUGCUUCAGAAAGCACAGAUGGAUAGCUCCCAGUUGAUCCACUGUCGGGAGCUUGUGGCACAUCACCUUUCUACUCUGCCAUCAUCCCUGCCUCUAAAUUCUGUUUAUGUCUACCGUCCCCUCAAGCACACCCUGGUGACCUGUGACAGAGGAGUGUUCAGAUUACAUCCCUCCUCUGUCCCAGGCCCAGACAUCUCCAAGGACAACAGCAAUCCAGAAGUGCCAGUCAGAGGUACAGCAGCCUUCUACCAUCAUCUCCCAGCUGCCAUGGGGUGCAAACAUACCUCUGCCAAACGCAAAGUGGAGGAAAUGGAAGUGGAUGAUUUCUACGAUGGAAUCAAACGGCUAUAUAAUGAAGAUAAUGCUGCAGACAAUGUGGGUUCUGUGUGUGGCACUGAUUUAUCAAGGCAAGAGGGACAUGCUUCCCCUUGUCCACCUUUGCAGCCUGUUUCUGUCAUGUAGUUUCAAUGUUGUUACCUUCAAGUGCAAACUAAGGUAGACUACUCUGGGAAUGAGAACAUACAAAACCAGGGAGGGAACAGUACCUUAUAUGAGGAAUGUAUUGUACCUUAUCAGGCUGAUUUGAAAGUGAGCCAGAGAGGGGAAAACCCUCAUGUACUUGUGCGUCUAAUUAUAAUUCAACAUUAAACAUUUAAAGACCAAAAUAAUAACAAAAAAGUUUCAAGUAUCCAAAAAAAUUUUUUAAAGUUCUUUUCCACUCUUCCUGCUAAAGUUUUAAAAUUUAUACCUAGAAAAGCCCUGUCCCCAGCAUCCUGAUUUAACUUCCCUGUUGCUUUUGCUUGCUUCAUUGAAUACUUAAUGAAUUUUAUGCAUGUUGAUAUAUACUCCAAUGUCCACUGAAUCGGAAACCCUCUAAAUUAUUUCUUAGCAAGUUAAUGAACAAAUUAUUUCAGUGUGGCAGCCAUGUUUAAUCCAUGACUGUAAUUCCAGUGAGUUUGAAGAGGGUACUUCGGAAUUGUCCCACAUGAAUCAGAGGUGGAAUAGGAAGUUUUCACAUUACCAUGUUGAUUUUGUCUCAUUUCAGUUUUUUGAAGUUUAAAAACAAAAUAACUUGAUAAAAAGAUUAAAAAUGGCAUGUAAUUAGGACACGUAAUUAAGAUUUGUUGGAAGCAUUUUCCACAUUUGUAUAAAAGAAUUUGUGAUAAAGUUAAUAUAUCCACCAAAGAAACACAUGUAACUAAAAUUGGACUUUUUUGUAACUGAUCAGUUUUCACUCAUUUAUAAUCAGUAGGAGAACCUGUCUAGAUGUUGGGGCAGUUCUGUGAUUUGAGUCUGUAACAUGUAAUAACUGAAUUCAGUACCCUAGUUUUUUGUUAACCUAUUAGGCUUUUCUUGAUAAAAAGUUAUUCCCUGCCUCUCCAGCCUACCUGUAUUUCUCUUAAUGACUUUUGGAGUCUGAGCUCCCUUUGGUCUGAAAGGUAUUUCAGUCAGAACUGUGUACUGAUGAUAAAAGCCUCUGGUAGCAAUAAACAGUUGUCCUUAA